AUUCAGAAUCAGAUAUGGAAGAACCCGUCAAGGAACAACUCUCUGCUGCUGCUUCUUCUUCUGGGAACUCCGCAAGACCCAAGCUUCAGAGAUACGGGCUUCGUUCUGCCACUAAAUCCAAGGAAGAGAAAUCUGAUACACCCAAUUGUUCUAAUUCUUCUGCAUCAAUCAGGGGGAGAAAUGCUUCAAGUGUAAGUAAAAGUGUGGGUGUUAUUGAUUUCUCUGGCAAGGACAAGUCUGGUAGUGCUAAACCACCAAGAAGGUUCUCCAUUCCUUCAAAAGCAUCAGCCACUCCUGGCCCCAAGGUGGCUGGGAACAUUACCCCAAUCUCCGAGACUAGAACUGGGAGGACUAAUAUUGGUCAAAGCAGAAGCAAAACAACACCCAUUUCUGAAAUUUCCAAGAAGACAUCAUCAUCCAUCCGAAUCAAGUCAAAUCUUCUAAUUUCAGCUUCCUAUUGGUUAAACCAGAUCAAGCUUUCUGAAUCUGCUUCCAAACACUCAAUUUCACUUGGAUUCUUCAAAUUAGCUUUGGAGGCUGGAUGUGAGCCUCUACGGUCAAUGCAAGAAGGGCUAAAAUCUUAUGUGAGCAGACAUCAGCUUGCUGACCUUGAAGAACCUGUGAAAGAAUUGUUUGAAAGGUAUAAUAUUUCAGAAAACACAGAGCAGUUGCAGGUGUCUGAAACUAUUUCACAGGUGCCAGAAGAGGGAACUAGAUCUUCUGAUGAUGAUGUGAAUAGCUCUUCUUCUACCAUGGGGAUUAGAAAAUUGAAACCCAAGUGCUUAAACAUUGAUUCUACUCAACAACUCACACCUGCAACAGAGUCAACCAAGGAGGAGACUAGUCAAAAGGGUAAUCCUGGAUCCAGGAUAAGGGGAAGUUCCAGCACUAACUCCACAACUCCAAGGCCUGCUUUACACAGUGGGAAUCGUAGGUCAGUGAAAAAACUUGAGAAGCCAAGCAAGCAAGAAACUAGUAAGGAAAAGGGCACUGUAAAGAAGCAUGGAAAGAAAUCUGCUGUUAAAGAAGUUCCGGUUAGCACCCCUAAGGGAAACAAAGAAAACAUGGACUCUCAGACCACUGAAGAGAUCACCAUCACAGAAAUCGUGUGAAGAAUCUCGAGUUUGCAUUUCUGGAUAUUUGUGAUUCUUAAAGUUGAAGUUUGUCUUGGGUGUUCUCUCUAUGUGUAGC